GCACGACGGUGGCCGAGAGGUGCGGGGAAGCGGACGGUGGCCGACGAGGUCGGGCAUGGAGCAUCUGGAGUGCUGCGCGAGGCUCCUCCGGAGAACGCUGGUGCACGCGGCGGUGCGGCGCUACCUGCCCUGGGCGCUGGCGGCCUGCAUGCUGGCGGGCUCCGUCCUCAAGGAGCUCUCCCCGCUGCCCGAGAGCUACCUCAGCAACAAGCGCAACGUCUUCAACGUGUAUUUUGUCAAACUGGCCUGGGCCUGGACCUUCUGUCUCCUCCUGCCUUUCAUUGCCCUCACCAACUACCACCUGACAGGCAAGGCCGGCCUGGUCCUGCGGCGGCUGAGUACCCUGCUGGUGGGCACGGCCAUCUGGUAUGUCUGCACAGUCCUCUUCUCUAACAUCGAACACUACACAGGCAGCUGCUACCAGUCGCCCUCCCUGGAGGGGGUCAGAAAGGAGCACCAGAAUAAGCAGCAGUGCCACGGGGGAGGAGGCUUUUGGCAUGGCUUUGACAUCUCGGGCCACUCCUUCCUGCUGACCUUCUGCGCCCUUAUGAUUGUGGAGGAGAUGGCCGUGCUGCAUGAGGUGAGGACGGACCGGAGCCACUGCCUGCACACGGCCAUCACCAGCCUGGUGGUGGCCCUGGGCUGCCUGACCUUCAUCUGGGUGUCUAUGUUUCUGUGCACAGCUGUUUACUUCCACAACUUGACCCAGAAGGUGUUCGGCACCUUGUUUGGUCUGCUGAGCUGGUAUGGGACUUACGGAUUUUGGUAUCUGAAGGCUUUUUCCCCAGGACUGCCUCCCCAGAGCUCUAGUUUGAAUUUGAAGCGAGACAGUUAACAAGGAAUAAAAGAGAAACAAAAGGGGUGACGGCAGGACAAUGGCUGAUGUAUUUUUUUCCAUUCUUUU